AGUCCAACUCCGAAACGUCUCCAGUACUGUGACUACAUAUAAGACUUCUGUAUAUAAUGCUACAAGACCCUAUCUUUUCACGUGUAAGUACUAUUCUCUAAUCUCGCACUAUUGCUUUUGUUUGCUCUCUCGCUCUUUUCCCCGUUUUCUCUAGAAAACAUGAAGGUGAUUGCUGCGUAUUUGCUGGCUCUUUUGGGAGGGAUCACAAGCCCUUCCGCUGAAGAUAUCAAGAACAUCCUUGGCUCGGUUGGAGCCGAAGCUGAUGAUGAUAAGUGGCGGGAGAAGUUGGCCGUUAUGUCUUCUGCUCAUGAUGGUUUUGCAGUUGCAGCCACCGCUGCAGAUGGUGGUGCUGUUGCUGCUGCUGCGGAGCCAAAGAAAGAACUGGAAAAGGUGGAGGAGAAAGAGGAAUCUGAUGAAGAAAUGUGCUUCAGUCUCUUUGAUUAAGAAGUACUUGGUUCAUUUGUCAGUCUAUGAAUAUCCAAGCUCCAAUAUACGGCGCCGGCGUGAGAAUGAAUUAGAAGUUUAUAACUUAUAAUUUUGUAGUUUAUAGCUUAAUUAGUUUUAGGCAGAAAAAAGGCUGGAUCAGUACUUACCACUCUAAUGUCAUAUUUGAAUUUGGUCUAUUAUUUUAUCCGAGGAUUUGAUUUAUUAUAUA